ACUGAACAAUCAACUUGUACGUGGAGUUGAAGGAACUGCAUUUAAAGAUUAAAAGAUUAAAGAUUUUUUUUAAAGAAGACCGUUACCUUUAGUUGCUUGGUGUUAAGAAAGGGAAAUGUAUUGAUUAAUAAUUUAUCAACCACGUGGAUGUUAAUUUCUCUCGAAGGAUGGCAUUGAUCGUGUAUGGAGCCGAUAGUUAAAGGUCUUUUAGAUUUUCAAAUAUGUUGUCCCAACAUAUUCACUGAAGUGACGUUGUCGAAAUGAGCAGCUGGGGCAGGAAAAAACUUAAGCAAGAACUUCAAACACAUCCCUAUAACCAAAACACAAUUUUGUCAUGAAUCCAUGUAUGUCCAUAUAACAAGAUGAGUAAUUGUGUUAAAACAACAUAAUGUAUUCUGAUAAAGUGAAAAUUAACGAGAAACCAAACCGACUUAAAUUACGUCAUGGUGACGCAAUCAUUCGAUCGGAGUAUAACGAUGGUGUACUACGUAAUAACAACAGAGCUAAUAAUAGACUUGACGGUCAGAUGAAAAUGUUUGACAAAGCACAACGAAUGAUAUUGAAAGACUUGGGAAAAGAAGCACAGAUAAUACGCUCUAAGAUGACUUCGACGUCACCACGACAUUCCAUUUCCACCAAUCAUAUCGCGUCCUAUAGUGUCCAUGGAAAAUCGUCAUAUACAAUAAAAGCACAACAUAAAAAUAGCACACCACGAGAGAUUACAAACAAUUCUACAUUCAAAUCUCUUUCUGAUAGAAGUGUGUAUUCUCUUGCAAAAGAGGCACAGCGUCGGAAUGCAGCAAGAGCAGCACGAGUCAAACCAAUUAACGACGAUAGCUUAAUCGAAAAUGUAAACAACGAAAGACUUAGAGUGCCACUUCCAGGGAACAAAUACCAAGACAGUACUACGCCAAGAAAUGAACUCAGAACUGAUUCAAAGCUUAACACAUUUACAUCUCGAUAUGACAGAAAAACAGAGUCUGUUUUCUCUGAAACUCAUCGGUCAAAUCAAAUGUCUGCAAACACACCUUACAAAAGUGGAGUAAACAGUUCAUUAGCAGAAAGUGCAAACACGCCUCAUAAAGGUGGAGUUAAUAGUUCAUUAGCAGAAAGCAAUAGAAUGACAUCUGCAGGACACAUGAGUUUUAUUGAAAUACUGCAAAAAGCUGAGGAAGCGAAAGCAAAGGGAUUGAAAGUUGAGGAUCAUGUUCCGCGUCCAAGAACUCCUGAACUUCUCUCUGAUUACGGCAGUGACGAUUUAAACUUAAGAGAACCUAAACGUAAACAUUCUUUUGGUCAUAUUGGGAUUACCCCCAAAUCUACAUAUAUUUCACAUCAAAUGUAAGCUUUCGCUAUUUUGCGAAAAAAAAUAUAUAAUUUUAGGAAACAAGAA